AUGUUGAAGCUGAUUUUCUGCCUGCUGUGUGUGAGUGUGUGUGUGGAUCGGUCGUUGGCCUGUCUUCAGUGUUUCAUCUCAUCGCAUGACAGCGUUCGCCUGUGCUGGGGCUACAUCAUCAUUGAGGAAAAUAUCCGUAAUGUGGAUGAAUGCAUGGUGCUGUUGGACCAAAUAUUCAACUUCAACCAGACCGUCGUUGACGCAGGCAGAGUUGGGAGAGGCUAUGACCAAACACUCACGGACAUCAUGGUGGCACAGAUCAUGCCAAUGCUGGAGGAGUUUGACCAGAAGACUCACAAUGAGACAGUGUAUAAGGUCAGACUGAUGGCAGCUGCAGAAAAUUUCACCGCUCAUGCCUCCCAGGUGCCCAGAGCAUCGGGAUGUUUUCCCCCUUGUGGUUUCCAGGUUGAGGGUUCUGUCUACAACUGCCACAGCUGCCAGUAUGACUCGUGCGAGUACCCUCUGGACUGCCCAGUCAAGGAAGUCGUGGUGGGGGAGAACAACCGGACACAGAUGCGGUGCGACGUCCUAUUUCCGUUGCCAGGUGACAUUGAGGUCGUGUGGAGGUACGCCGAGACAGAGACUCAGCUGCUGGAGAUGCUGAAGGAGGUGACCGUGGGUGUGGACCUCCUCUACUCGAUCCCCUCGGCCAGCCCGCAGCACGCUGGCACCUACCAGUGUGAGAUCUUCACUGAGGGACGCUCCAUUGUCAGGCUGUAUUUCUACCUCACAGUCAUCCCACAGACUGUAAUUGGCCACUCUGAGCUGCAGAGUAUCUUUGACCAGACCCUGGUGUCUGGAGGUCAGUCGCCCCAGGUGACCCCUGACCUCUGGGAGGGCUCACUGCUGCGCCUGCCACCUCCUUCCCUUCUCACUGUGUGCCUCAGUGGCCUGCUGCUCCUCUUGCUCUUCUCUCUGGGGUAA